AAUUUUCUCACAUUGACGUAUAAAUGCAAUGCCCAUUUUUUUUUUUGAAAGUGUGGGGGUCUCGUUCAAAUGUAGUUUCGUUCGAGCUGUGCCUAUGUUCACAAUAUUGAUAGGAUUCAAUGGAACGUCAUUUGGUGGCAGUUUGCCAUACCUCUAGUGAAGGCAAUUAAACGAAAGGGGUAGUUAAUUCAAAGUCGAAAUGUACAUUCAACUGUGGCAACACGUAACAGUAGCAGUUAUAAUAGAAGCCACCAACUACAAGGUGCGUGUGUGCUGUGCGCGCGCCCGUGAGCGUGUGUUCGGAAAACGAACGUAUGUGGGUGUAAAACGAGGACUACACAGAGCAGAGCACACGCCUCACUCUUCACUGUGAUCAAAUUUGUUUCGAACAAGAACGUAGAUGUGUGUAUCAAAAUUAGUUACAUGUAGAGGAAUCCGUACUUGUGUUUUGUGUUAAACUCUGUAAUCGAAACAACAAUAAUAAUUAGGCAGCACGGUGAGAAUUGGAAACGUUACACGGAACCGACAGCACGGUGUUAUAGCGACGGGGUGGUGGCGGCAUUAAACAAGUUCGUAAACACGGAUUCUGUAAAAUAAUUGCACCGCAGCUAGACUGGCUCGGAACGGUGAAGCACGGGGGGCAGAGUCUCCCGAUACAUCACCGGAAGGCGGAGCCACCUGCUGGUGGUCCCCCUGGUCAGCGAUGGGUUGCUUCGGAUCGGCCGGAUCGAAACAAUCGGACUCUAACAGCUCUGAGGAUACCAAAAGUCAAAAACGACGGAGUGAUGCCAUUACGCGACAGCUGCAGAAAGAUAAACAGGUUUACAGAGCCACUCAUAGACUGUUAUUGCUGGGUGCUGGAGAGUCCGGUAAAUCAACAAUCGUUAAACAAAUGAGAAUUUUGCAUGUUAACGGAUUUUCCGAUACUGAACGGAAACAGAAAAUAGAGGAUAUAAAAAAGAAUAUCAGAGAUGCCAUAUUGACAAUUACUGGUGCAAUGAGCACACUUACACCUCCUAUUCCAUUAGAAAAACCAGAAAACCAGUCAAGAGUGGAUUAUAUUCAAGAUUAUGCAUCAGGUCCCGACUUCAAUUAUCCACCAGAGUUCUACGAAAACACUGAAGAAUUGUGGAAAGAUCGUGGCGUGCAGCAAACCUAUGAGCGAUCGAAUGAAUACCAAUUAAUUGAUUGUGCUAAAUACUUUCUGGAUCGUGUUAGUGAAAUCAAGCAGCCUAAUUAUACUCCAACCGAACAGGAUAUACUGAGAUGUCGUGUUUUGACGUCGGGUAUAUUCGAAACUAGGUUUCAAGUUGAUAAGGUUAACUUUCACAUGUUCGAUGUCGGAGGUCAGCGGGAUGAACGACGAAAGUGGAUUCAGUGUUUUAACGAUGUCACUGCAAUUAUUUUCGUGACAGCGUGCUCUAGUUAUAAUAUGGUCCUGCGAGAGGAUCCAACACAAAAUCGGCUGAGAGAAUCGCUGGAACUGUUCAAAAGUAUUUGGAAUAAUCGAUGGUUGCGAACAAUAUCUGUAAUAUUGUUUCUGAAUAAACAAGACUUGUUAGCCGAGAAAAUCAAAGCCGGCAAAAGUAAACUUUCCGACUACUUUAGCGAAUUUAAUCGUUACCAGACGCCGGCUGAUGCCGUUUGUGAAAUGGGAGAGGAACCUGAAGUGAUUAGGGCGAAAUAUUUCAUAAGAGAUGAAUUUCUGCGUAUAUCCACAGCCAGUGGUGAUGGCAAACACUAUUGCUAUCCUCACUUUACCUGUGCGGUGGACACCGAAAACAUAAAAAGAGUUUUCAACGAUUGUCGAGACAUCAUUCAAAGAAUGCAUCUGCGACAAUACGAGUUGUUAUAGAUAUACUUAACGAUUUCGAUGCAACCUGGUCGUCUCAUUUUAGUUGUGUCUACCGUAAAAAUAUCAAACCUAGCCAAACUUUACUAAUUUUAUAAAAAAAUAAAAAUAUAGAUUAUUUAUUAAUCGCAAAAAAAACUAUACAUACUAAACAAAAAAAAAACAUCAGCUAAGCAAAGAAAAAAAAAACAACCAACCAAAAGUGAUUUGCACCUGAAAUCACACGUUCAUACAAUCGCAUCAAGACACACCCUCGCUGAAGGCAGAAGUGUUGGAAUAUAUAGCUUCUAGAGGUGACAUCUUUACUAGAGUCAAAUACAGUAAGUUUGUAGUCAAACCAAAACACUACCCACAUGCACACAAGUAAUAACGAUUGUAUUAUCGACCGAUGUGUAAGCAGAUCAUUCUCUGGACAAAAUCAGUGCUGGAGAUCUUAAGUUGAUCAGAGAAAUGAUAAAAAAUCUAAUGAACAAAAGGAAAAACAAAAUAACACAGUAGUCGUCGUCGUUACUAUUAAUUGCAAACAAACAAAUAUGAUUACAAAAAAAAAACCUAACGUUUGAUAGAAAAGCAACUAAACAGUGUGUUUAUAUAAUGAAUGAAGGAAACAUCCUAAAAGAACAACAAUGAUUCACCGCCAUAUGACGAAAUUAAAAAGAAAUAGUAAAAGAACAAUCGAAAAAAAUAUAAAGCAAAUUACUUGGGAGAAAUUUGGCGAGUAUCAGAAAAUCAGAAAACAUAUGUAUGUGGUAUAAGCAUAAAUAAAAAAAAAUGUAGCAGAAGGAAGCCGCAAUCACAGUAGUGGCGAGGAAAAAACUAAGUCUUAGUCUGUGAACCGUUCUUAAUUUUUGAUCAAUUCUAGUUUUUGAUGGAGUGCAUAAACUGAGAACAAAUUAAACAAUCGACACACAAACACUUGCAGAAUACCUACAAACAAAGAUAUAUGUAUACAUUUAGGUUACAGUUACGCUUCGCAUACAGCAAAAAUCAAGAAACAAAGGUUAACUGAACAGGUUAAUCAUUACUAGCGUAGUUUCAUUUCGUUUAGGAGAAAGUGGCUUCUAAAUUCGUCCAAAAAUUAAUAUGCGCUAUUGUAGUAGAACUUUUUUCCAGUAUUUUUUAAUUAUUGUAACUUGUAUACAUAUUUUAUUAAAAAUAUAUAUAUAUAUAUUUUGUUUUAGAGAAUUUUACCAUCUCUGUUGAAGGCGUGAUGAAGAUCGAAAGAAAUAUAAGGAAUCGUUUUUGUUUAUGUAUUUAAUAAUUUAUAAUGUAUAUGUUUUAUGUUUAUCCUGUGACAUAUAUAGUAAAUAAAUGGUAAAAAGGUAAACAAUACAAAAAACCAUAAGCAUACUGUAGGGUAAAUUUUCAAAUUAGCAGCUUAACAACAAGUGAACUGAGAAUUAGUGUUGUUCUGUGCGAAUGUUCUAGGAACGGCAGCAGCACAUUAGGCUUUUUAUAGUCGCAGUGAUCAAUUUUUCGACGAAUCAGUAGGACUGUUUAUAUCCUCUCAAGGUAAUUUAAUUCAACAUGAGGCAGAGCAUAUGUAAACAGCUCUACUGAACUGUCAAAGAAAAAUCCAGUUCAUUUGUGAUGUUACGAUAAAAAACCUUAUAGAGAAUGAAAUGUUUCUGAAAAUGUUUAUUUUUUUCAGGAUACGAGCGGGAUUGAAUCUCGAAAUAUUUCAAAGGUAUAGCAAAAACUGAACCGACGCAAAUUGCAUUUUAUUUCCGAUGUAUUAUUUAGAAAUACGCAAUGAUAAUAGUGAUGAUAUAUCACUUGUUUUAAGUUGGUUUGAAAAAUGUAUAUUAACCCAUCAUACUGUGCGGAAGGCACUGAUAGAUUCGUUGAUAUAUUGUGACAGCUGAAAUCAGAAAUCUUUAAAAAUGCACGUUCUUCCGGAACUAACCCAUUUUUGGAGGAUACACCGUUACUACAUAAAAUGUCACACUUUCAGCAUAUAUCGGCCCUUAUUAUUGGUAUCACUUCACGGUGAAAAUCGAGUGAAGUGAAUUUAAGUUCUUAGCACGGAAGUCGCUUCAAAGACAAAAGUAAUUAUUUGUAUGAACUUGAUGUCAUUAUGAACAUCACGCCACCAACAUUUCGUUGAAAAACUGAGUUUUUUGCACUACAGUGAUCACUUCACUAUGCGUGAUACUGGUAAUAGGGAAAAUCAAGUGAAGUGACAUGUAAGUGAAGUGAAUGUGAAAGUGAAAGUGAGAACGGUAAUAAGGGUCAUCAAUGAGUGACUGCUAAAUUGCAAUUUACAAAUGAAACAAACAGUCGUGCUUCGCUAUAAACACAAAGUACAUCACAAGUUGCGUAAUACGUACCACCCAAAAAUUUUAACACAUGAACGUCACCUUUCACUAAAACCGUGUCAUACAUAUAUAUAUUUGAAUUAUUAUAGCUUAGGAAAUUUUGUUGCAAUAUGUUAUUUACUCUUUGUGUUAUACUACUUUUAGCUAUCGGAUGUCAUCCAAAAACAUUUGUUGCAUCAUAAAAUUUUAAUCUCUAAAUUUCAUCCAACGUGGAAUGAAACUAGGUAUCGCUAUUGUUAAUAAGUUUCACACUUAUGCCAGCAAACAAAAACACAAACACAACCUAAGUAGACUAGAGCGAAUCUUAGCGCAAAAUGAGAGACGAGAUCAGAGAUACAGCAGAAUACUAUGUACAUUAUACUGUUAUUUAUUUUAAUCCGUUUGCGGAAAACGCUAAACCUUGUUGAAUUCAUGAAAUAUGAAUCACACACUCUCUCCGCCCCUCCCAGAGAUAACCAGAUUUUAUUGUUAACUAUCCUAUAUAAUAUAUUUUAGUCGAGAUUGAUAGGCAGUAUAGAGAAAAUAAAACACAGACACAAAUACAGACACAAUAGAAAACAAACGGAAUGGAUACAGAUAUGCGGGAAUCGUGUAUAACUUUUUACAUAGUUGUUUAGAUUAUAUGAGAAAUAUUAAUGAAAAAAUACAAAAAUAAGAAAAGAAUAUAGUCAUAACCCUAAAGAAUGAGAGAUACAAAGUCGCACAAAUAGAGGAGAAAAUCGAUCCAAAAACUGUGAGAAAUAAAGCAAGCAGAAAUGUAACCAAGUUUUAUUUGUUUGGUUUGUUGUA